AUGGCCCCCUCCAUUCCCACAUUCGACAACCUCACCCUCGACCCAAAUGGGCCUCCAGGCAACGCAUGGGGUCUCUUUGGCCCAGGAAAUGAGCUAGGAAUGCUCAACCUACUCACUCCAGAGCUUGUUCGUAAAGCCGCCUCGGAGGAAAUACGAGAUGGUGUUCGAAUCUCACUUGAUCUUCCGUUGAAUCGGCUGUCGUACCCCAGCUUUGGCCGGAACCCCUUCAAGCAGGAGCUUAUCAACAAGGCGCCAAGAAUUGUGAAUGACGAUGUCUUGACAUUUAACACGCAGACGAGUACGCAGUGGGAUGGGUUUAGGCAUUACGGGAACCAAACGCACGGGAUUUACUUCAACGGGCAUUCGUUAGAUGACUUGCGUCGGUCUAGGGUGAUUGGAAUUGAUGCAUGGUCUAACACCGGCGGUAUAGUCGGCCGCGGAAUCCUAAUCGACUAUGCAACUUGGGCAAAUAAGAACUCCAUUCCUUUGACACCCUUCAAAACAAGCACAAUACCCCUAUCUUCAAUCCUCCAGAUCCUUCAGGAAACCAACCUCACCCCGCGGUCCGGCGACAUCCUCUUCAUACGCACGGGUUUCACAGAGGCCUACAACAAACUCAGCCCCGACGAAGAGCGUGCCAUUUCCAGCCGCCCCACGCCUGACUUUGCGGGGAUCGAGAACGGCGACAAAACCCUGCGCUGGCUGUGGGAGAAUCAGUUCGCGGCUAUUGCGAGUGAUUGUCCGAGCUUUGAGCCUGCACCAUUGGUGAGGGAGGGCACGCCGGCUGAUAUUACUCUGCACCAGUGGUGUCUAAGUGGAUGGGGGUUGCCGAUUGGGGAGUACUUUGAUUUGGAGGAAUUGUCAAGGUAUUGUGGGGAGAAGGGGAGAUGGAGCUUUUUCUUGUCGAGCGUGCCGCUUAAGGUUCCUGGGGGCGUGGCCAGUCCGCCGAAUGCAGUUGCUAUUCUCUAA